CUAUAAUUUAUCGUCUUCUUCGAAGUGUGAGUUGUGGCAUCCAUUUUUUUUCCUGCAACUCUUCAAUUUCCAGAUUUUUCAGCCCCUUCAGUUCAUAACACUCGACAAUAUACUCUGCUACGGCGAAAUUUUAGGAAGGGAUAUUGAUAUAUUUUGAAAAUUAUAAAAAAAUUUGAAGCAGAAAAACAUAAAAAAAAAAAAACUUUUGGGAACCCUCACUGUGUCCGCCUACUUACACAGCAUCGCCAGCUCUGAACUCGUCUCCGUCUCCAAGUCAUGGCUAGCUUACUAGUGCUGAUUACAUUAUGUUUGGUAGCGGUCGGAAUCGAAGGAACCCACAACGUCACCAUAUCUGUUCUAGAGACGGCCAUUUCCAGAGGAGCUGUCUGUCUAGACGGCACACCUCCGGCCUAUGCCUACAGCCCCGGGUUUGGGGAAGGCGUCGACAAUUGGCACGUAUUUCUUGAGGGUGGCGCGUGGUGUGGGAGCACGGCUGGUUGCCUCAAUAGAUCCGGAACUUCUCUUGGAAGUAGUGCUAAGCUGAUAUCGAUUAAUAAUGGUAUCCAAUCCUUCAGCGGGAUGCUAGAUGAUAACUCGACCUUCAAUCCAGAUUUCUACAAUUGGCACGUAUUCAAGAUCUUCUACUGUGACGGCUCAUCCUUCAUGUCUGAUAUUGAGGACGUGGACCCAAAGGACAACCUGACCUAUAGAGGUCUACGAAUUUACGAUGCGAUGAUGGAUGAGUUGCUGCGAAUCGGAAUGGGAAAUGCUAGAAAUGGUUUGGCAAAUACGUUACCCACAUCAUGUACAUCCAAAUUUAGUCCAACUCUGUGUUUUUUUCCUGAAAAUUUGCUCCAAGAUAUCCAAACCCCAAUGUUUUUGAUCGAAUCAGCAUUUGACCAAUAUCAGUUAUCUUCUAAUGUGUACCCUACUAACGCUAAACCUCCAAGAUGGGUCAAUUGCACCCUAGACUUGCAGACUUUUUGCAAUUGGACUGAGAUAGAAAUCAUGAGAGAUUUUAGGUAUACAUUUAUAGAUACACUGAAAAGGACUAUCACGGAUAGCUCUUCCAGGAGAGGCUAUUUUGUGCAUAGUUGCUAUCGACAUGGCCACUUGGAAGACCCACAGGGUUCGACAUGCUCUUCGUUGGUUGGCAACGUACUUGCUGACAAAACGAUACCACAAGCAAUGGGCGAUUGGUACUAUGAUCGGAGCGGAUUUCAGGAAAUGGAUAUGGUCAACAAUUUGCCCAGGAACUGCUCUACUGCUGUCGACGAAGCUACUUUCAGGAAAAAAUGUGGCACGUGAAUCACACGCGUACGGCGUAUCUGACUAUGCAUGAUCACAUGUGGUUUGACGGUUUAGCUGACUAACAGGUUUAGAGGUUGAAUUAGGAACUAGUAUAAAAAAUUGUAUUGAAACAGCUUCCCAUUUUAUUAACAGCUUUCCAUUUUAUUAUUUAAUGAAUUAGUGCAAUUUACAGCUCUA